AUGGCAGCCACACACUAUGGAACUCUCAACAAUUACAGACCAGACCAAGAGUCUAUCAAGACCUACCUGGAUCAGGUAGACCUCUACUUCACGGCGAAUACAGUCCCUGAUGAUAAGCAAGUACCUAUUCUCCUCAGCUCCAUUGGUGCAACGACCUACAGUCUUCUAUGUGACUUGCUUGCACCUGAGGCUCCCAAAUCGAAGACAAAGGGAGAAAUAUUUGCUGCACUACGGAAGCACUACGAACCGACACGAGCGGUGAUCGCAGAACGUUUUCAUUUUCAAAAAAGGGAUCAAGUCCCUGACGAAUCUUUAGCAGAAUACGAUGCAGCUCUACGCAAGCUGGCAACACACUGCAAUUUUGGGGCGUAUCUCACUGAAGCCCUACGUGACCGUUUCGUUGCAGGACUCCGAAGCGAAGCAAUGCAAAGAAGACUAUUAGCCGAAACAGAACUUACUUUGAAGAGAGCAAUGGAAAUUGCACAGGGAAUGGAAGCAGCAGAAAGCAACACCAGAGCACUCAAGGCCAGCAACCCCUCCAUCAAGAGCAUACAAAGCAAAAGGAGACCGCAGCCAAACCAACCUUGUUACCGCUGUGGAAAGUCGAAUCACUCUGCAGCUGAUUGCCGUUUCAAGGAUGCAGAGUGUCACUCAUGUGGAAAGCAGGGACACAUAGCACCAGCCUGCCGCUCCAACCCACCCUCUCAGUUCAAGAAGACAGAGAAGAGACGAUUCAAAACUCACCUAGUGGAACCAGAUGGGAACAGCUCGACCGACUCAGAAGCUGACACUUACCACCUAUACCGAUUGACCGAGCCUUCUACACAGCCGAUCACAGUUACAGUCAAGAUCGAGGAUACUCCACUCAAGAUGGAAAUCGAUACCGGAGCUGCAAUAUCUAUUAUCUCUGAGGCCACCAGAAAGGCCAAGUUCUCUAAAUUAAAGCUGCGUAAGUCAAAUAUUUUGCUAAAGACAUAUUAUACAGAUGAGGCUAUGAUGGUAACGGGUCAGAUUAAUGUGUGUGUUAAUUAUGGAGAACAGGUGGCUCGGCUGGUGCUGGUGGUGGUUGCUGGAAGUGGACCAAGUCUUUUUGGACGCAAUUGGCUGAAGUACCUCCAGUUGGACUGGAAAUGUAUUGCAACUGUCAAAUCUCCCCCUGCAGGUACACUAAAGAAUUUGUUACACGAAUACGAUUCAUUGUUCAAGGACGAGUUAGGUACUGUGACCUCACACAAAGCCACUCUCAGAGUACGGCCAGAUGCUACUCCUCGGUUUUUCAAACCACGUCCUGUUCCUUAUGCAACCAAAGAGGCUAUUGGAGAUGAAUUGGACCGCAUGGAGCAACAAGGUAUCAUCCAGAAAAUACCUAGCAGUGACUGGGCAGCACCGUUGGUCGCAGUUCCCAAGAAAGACGGACGUUUUCGACUCUGCGGCGACUAUAAAGUGACUAUCAACCAAGACCUUGAAGUUGAUCAGUACCCCUUGCCUAAACCCGAAGACCUAUUCGCAACACUAGCAAAUGGCUCCCUUUUCACUAAGCUUGAUUUGUCACAAGCGUAUCUACAGGUCGAACUCGAUAAGGACUCUACCAAAUACGUGACUAUCAACACUCAUCAAGGGUUAUACCAGUUCAGCCGACUUCCUUUUGGCGUGGCGUCAGCCCCAGCAAUAUUCCAAAGACUGAUGGACAACCAUCCUACGUGGAGUGCCUCACGUUAUCUGCUACUUAGACGAUCUGUUGAUAACAGGAGUGGAUGA